AUGCCUUCUCCUGUAGCGAAACCUCUUGCUCUCGUGUACGGUGGCACCGGUGUCACCGGUUCAAGGAUUGUGAACAAUCUGCUCAAACGUGGUCACUUCGACGUGGGCAUCAUCACUCGCCCUGCGUCCACCACUAAAUCCGCUGUCGUCGCUCUCAAGGACAAGAGCGUGCAUAUCCGCAUUGGAGAUGCAGGGAGUGACGACGUAGAGACGCUGAGGAAGGCCCUCGACGGUGCCGAGGUCCUAGUGAGCGCAGUAUCUGCGCUGGGUUUGGAAACGCAAUACCGGCUCUUCGAAGCGGCGAAGGCAGCAAGCGUCAAAAGGGUUGUGCCGUGCGACUUUGGAACGUACACGCCGCGCGGGGUACGAGCGAUGGCGGACCUGAAAUAUGCGAUUCAGGAUUACAUCAAAAGCCUCGAGCUCGGACAUACCUUUAUCGACGUCGGGUGGUGGAUGCAGUUCGCCCUUCCUUUCCCAUCUUCGGCCGAGUCCAACUUUGUCAGCGAUCUAUCCGUGGAGUUCUAUGGCAACCCGGACGAGGACAAGAAGAGCGCGCUCACCGAUCUCGACGACGUUGGCAAGUUCGUCGCGCGCAUCGUCGAGGACGAGCGCACGUUGAACCGAUACGUAUUCGUUUGGGGCGAGGAAAGGACGCAGAAGGAGCGGUGGGAGAUCGCGCAGCAAGUGUUGGGCGAAGACGUCGAGAGCAGGAAGGUGCCUGUGUCGGGCGAGGAGCUGCUCAAGCGCGCGAAAGCUGUCAAGGAAGAGAUUCUCUCUCUUCCGGAUCCGAAAGCGGUAGAGUUCAAGGCGUACUCUGAUUGGACUUACAACGAGUACCAGUACAGCAUGCAUAUUCGCGGGGACAAUACGGUCGCAAAUGCUAAAGCCGCUGGGGCAUUGGAUGCGCGGGAGCUCUAUCCCGACGUGGAGGUAAACAGCUUCGAGAACUACGCGAAAGAGUUCUACGUAAACCCACCUUCGUUGUAUGAUUACUAG